AAACUUCGUAGGUCAGUUACCGACCGACCGCAAGGGAGCAUGGCUGCGUUCAAAGUUUUAGCGCGAUCUCAAAUUCUCUGUUUACAUACGUUGUAGAGCGCCUCGUAUUCAUUCAUAAACAUAGACUGAAAAUAAGCUGUGAACUGUUAAAAAGUUUUUUGAAGUUCAGCAUUGUGUUAAAUAAGUGACUAAAUGUACUGUAUAAUUGUGAAAAUAUGAUUAUAAACUUUCGUGGAAUGGAUUCGUUAAAAGUUUGGAUAUGUUUCGUUGUGGUGGCGACUGCGCGCGCACAUACCGCGCCGCCCGCCCCCACCGGCUGCCAGUGGGACUAUUCGGACCCAAAGUUGAGUGAAUCAAACUUUCUCACGUGUAAUAUCAAAACCAUCGGCUCAGUGGAUUUUUUAUUUAAAAACAUAACAACAGCACAGGCGUACAAUGUAAAUAAAUUAAAGCUUACGUGUACUGAUUUACUUUUCUUCGAAAGCUCUCUGCAUAUGAAUACGGGCAGUUUUUUGGGACAACUGCGAAAACUUGAAGACUUGCAUAUUGAAUAUUGUAAAAUUCGUUACGUCCCUGCAACAGUACUAUCGCCACUUCGUGAUUUAACGAGCCUAACUUUACGCUCUUUUAACAAUGAUUGGCCCGCGAUGACCAUGGAAUUUCACGCCGAAAGUUUUCGAGGAUUGAUGGAACUCCGAACGCUCGACCUUGGGGACAACAAUAUUUAUAUGCUGCCUUCGGAAGUAUUUUGCCCACUGUUCAGUUUAGAAAUUUUGAACCUGACUAAUAAUAGAAUACAAGACAUUUCCGAAAUUGGCUUUUCGGACUGGGGUAAAGGACCCAUAGCACCGGGUAAAUCAUGCAACACCGGUUUGAAAACACUGGAUUUGUCUCGCAACAAUAUUUUGAGACUUCCCGAUAAUGGUCUCUCAAGUCUUAGAUCGUUGGAGGUUUUGAAUAUCCAGAAUAACUUAAUCAAUGAAAUCUGUGACAGAGCCUUUGUUGGAUUGAACUCAUUAAAAAUUCUCAACUUGUCGGGGAAUAAGUUAGUUGCAGUACCUCCAGAACUAUUUCAAUCAUCGCGAGUUAUUAGAGAAAUCUCAUUAGGAAAUAAUUCGCUAUCCGUUUUGGCGCCAGGAUUACUUGAAGGACUGGAUCAACUGGAAAAAUUAGAUUUAUCAAGAAAUCGUCUUACAAAUGAUUGGGUCAACAGAGACACUUUUGCUGGCCUUAUUCGCUUAGUCAUUUUAAAUCUUUCGUAUAACUUGCUUGCACGAAUCGAUCCGAAAUCUUUUCAUGAUUUGAACAACUUACAAGUACUAAACUUGGAUAACAAUGCAAUAGAAACUAUCAGCAACGGUGCUUUCGCUGAACUAAGAAAUCUACAUCAACUUUCAAUAUCUGAUAACAAGCUCAAAUCUUUGAAUGAGUAUGUUUUUUCAAAUUUGUUUGUAUUGAGUCAGCUAUAUCUCGAUAAUAAUCAGAUUUCUUCUAUUCACGAACGUUCUUUUGAAAACAUAACUUAUCUUCAAGACUUGGGUUUGAACGGAAAUAGUUUAAGCGUGAUUCCUGAUGGCAUUAAAAGAUUAAGGUUUUUGAAAUCAUUAGACAUUGGUAAAAACAACAUCACAAAGGUAACGAACACAUCAUUUGAAGGAUUGGAAGAAUUAUACGGACUAAGGCUUGUUGAUAAUUACAUAUCUAGUAUUCCUAAAGACACGUUUAGCACAUUGCCUUCUUUACAACUUUUAAAUUUAGCUUCAAAUAAAAUUGAAACUAUUGAGCAAGACGCUUUUGUUUCAAAUCCUACAUUAAAAGCGAUUAGGUUAGACGGUAAUAGCUUAACUGAUAUUCGAGGCGUUUUUAAUAAGCUAAGUACUCUCGGCUGGCUUAACAUAUCCGAAAAUAGACUUAUUUAUUUUGAUUACAGUUAUAUUCCAGAUAAUUUAGAAUGGCUAGAUUUACAUAGCAAUAACAUUACGAAAUUAGAAAAUGAAAAAAACGUUCAACGCAAUAUUAGAAUGCUCGACGCGAGUUUCAACGCUUUAGAAAAUGUCGAUGCACUGUCGAUACCUGAUUCUAUUGAGAACCUUUUCUUAAAUAAUAACAAAAUUCACACGAUACAUCCAGGUACGUUUUUACAAAAACGGGAUUUAGAAAAAGUUGUCGUUACAGAUAAUAAAUUGCGAACUGUCGAACUAUCAGCGUUUACUUUGCCUCAUAUACCAAAGCAUAAAACGUUGCCAAAUUUUUUCAUUGCAAAUAAUCCGUUUGUAUGCAAUUGUCACAUGAUUUGGCUGCAAAAGAUUAAUCUUUGGAAUCAUAUGCGGCAAUACCCUAGGUUCAUGGAUUUAGAAUCGGUGAUGUGUGAAGUUGUUAAUAAUAAAUAUGGCGGGAAAGCGAAUUUGGUGGACGUACCAGAAACUCAAUUUCUUUGCUCAUAUGAAACUCAUUGUUCCUCAAAUUGUUUUUGUUGUGAAUUUGAAGCCUGUGAUUGCAAAAUGACUUGUCCUGAGGGCUGUUCUUGCUUUCACGAUAGUAACUGGAAUUCGAACGUUAUUGAUUGUUCAAAUGUGGGCUAUACAGAAAUUCCAGAAAAAAUACCAAUGGACGCUACUGAACUAUAUUUGGAUGGUAAUGACUUUGGGGCUCUCGGAAGUCAUCUUUUUAUAGGCAAAAAGAAAUUACAUAAAUUAUAUUUAAACAACAGUAAUAUCGCCAGUAUUGAUAAUGACACUUUAAAUGGCCUUCAUUCUUUAAAUAUUCUCCACUUAGAAAACAAUCAUCUGGUAGAAUUGUCUGGUGGUGAAUUUUCACAAAUAAAGCACUUAAGAGAGUUAUAUUUAAACGAUAACCUAUUAAAAAGUGUUCCUAACAAAACAUUUGAAGUGUUGUCAUCCUUAAGGACUGUUUAUUUACAAGAAAAUAAGAUUUUUGACUUAGACAAAAAGUUGAGUCACAUCAUGCACUUGGACAACGUUAAUGUUCGUGGUAAUGUAUUCACAUGCACGUGUGAUAACAUUGCUUCUUUACAAAAUUGGUUAAAGAAAAUUCACGAAGAUCCACUAGAAGUGUUUUGUGUCGAUGAAAAUCAGUUGAUUUCCAAUCUAACUGUAUUUGAUGCGAUCGACAAAUGCCAUGGCUCGAAUGUAAUGGACAAUACCGUUCCCACUGAGAACCAGCCAUAUCAGUACGAUGAAGUAAGCACGAUUAAAUUGAACUUUGUACCACUUUUAGCUGUCGUUUUAAUAAGUGUGAUUCUCAUUUUAUUAUUCGGUGCUUUAGCAUUUUCCUUCAGACAAAAUGUACGACUAUGGGCCCAUUCUAAAUAUGGAGUACGACUGUUUAAAAGUGCAUCCAUACAAGAAAGCGAACUCGAUAGGGAUAGGUUAUAUGAUGGGUAUGCUGUAUAUAGUUUAUUAGAUGAUGAUUUUGUAUCGAAAGUGGUUGCACCAGAAAUGGAACACUCUGGCUAUACAAUGUGUUUUCAUUACAGAGACUUGCAACAUGGCCCGGAUAAUUAUUUAUGUGAGCAAAUAACAAAUGCUGCUGAAUCGUCUAAAAGAAUUUUAGUGUUCGUUUCAUUCAAUUUUCUACAAAACGAAUGGUGUAAAGCAACUUUUAAAGCGGCAAUCAAACAUGUAAUUACUACCAUUCACCCGUCUAUCAGACGGCAUAGAGUUGUAUUUAUUUUGACUACGGACGUUAGCGCAUUAAAUUUAGAUGUAGAUUUUCAAAGCUACUUAAAAACAUGCAACGUCUUAUUAUGGGGCGAAAAGAAGUUUUGGGAAAAAAUUAGAUUCGUUAUGCCAGAUAUUUCUAAUUUACAUUGGAACAAAGAUACAAUGAAUUACAAUCAUGGUAUUUGUCCAAACGCAAGAAGGCAUCCUUCUAGAUAUACCGCUUCACCUACUGCGCCAGAACAUUGGUAUAAGUAUGAUGCAAUUCCACCUCAAACUCCUACAACUGCUAACGUAGGUAUUAAUAUUGAAGAUGACACUUCUAUGUUGACAAAUACAACUUUAACGAGUCAAGUUCAAGAUGGAGAGAAUUUGCAUCACAGCUACAUAUCUAUUGAUACUCAAAAUUACGAACAACCAUACGGCGGUCGGCCUAGGCCUCCUAAUACAUUACGCAAACAUCCCGAUCAUCACUCUCCCUCGAUAUUAGAUGAACAGGGUUACUUACAACCACGAUCGUCUGUUCACGAUUGCCUGCCACAAACUCAUUCAGUCUUGCACAGAUGAUAAGAUGGUUUUAAACACCUCUAAUCUUGAAAAGAUAUAACAUAAUGGAACCGCACAUUCCAAGCACGUGUGUAAGCUAAACUGCUUUUUUGGGUUUGGCCUUAUUCAAACUUAAAAGGUGAUAAGCUUACAAAAGCAUUUUAGAUAAUCGUGCUAAUUUUAAUGACUUUGUUCCUUGUUAGACGAUGAUAUAAAUAUAUGAUGAUUUUAAGAGACUGUAAUACUGCAACAAUAUAUAUUUACUAGCCAAGGAAUAUAAUGCAUUAUAUACGAAGCACUGUUAUACUUCUAAGCAACUGUAUUUUAUGUAUUCAUGUUGUUGUAAUUAAGACUGAUAUGAUGUCGUGUUUGUAUUGCCAGUAGAAGAUAUUGUAUUUAAUAGUAUUUUGCUAUAGUGUAUAUCUCGUUGUUACCAAAUAUAUUGUAGAUAAACAUUGUAAAUAUUUUUGUGUAUAGUAUAACUAGUCAUUAGCUAGGAAUUGAAAAGUGGGAAGUUUGUAAUUAAGAACGCCACACACUAUGUAGGUAAGCGUUUUAGAUUAUCGUACAAGUUAUUUAUAAGCAAACAAUGAUAAUAAAUGUUUUAUAUGUAAAUAACUACAAAAAAACUGUUGAACUUAAAUUAUAAUAAAUGAAUAUCUUGAACAUUUA